AUGACGAAACGGUUUUACGAAAAGGGCGACAACUUUGACCCCGAGAAAUUCGACAUCUUAGCGGGGCGAGCCUUCAUCCAAGGUUUGCCACCAAAAUUAUUGCAGGCUGUAAUGACUACCCGAAAAACCACACUCACCGACAUCAUGGGCGAGGCACUCUUAAUAGAUAAAAACGACGCGAAAAUAAAAAAACCGGCCCCUCCGGCUAGUCCUCAGGUCAAUCCUUUGCCAGCAACCCCUCCUUCACCAUACGACUACAAUCGCACUUGGUCUGAGUGGCGAGAACCGCCACAACAGAUACCAGCGGAAUAUCCUAGCCACCCAUGUGGCUCUUGCUACGCGAACACGGUCCAGCCCGCGGCCCCUCCGGCAAACACGUGUCAAUCUCGGUACGCAGCUCCACCGUGUGGGUCCGGAUGCCCACACGGUUGCGCACCAUGCAUGCCCCCGCAGCCUUCUUGGUUCUGCGGGUGUGGCCACGCUCAAAGGAUGCCACCCCAAGGUCCACACUAUCAUAACCACUAUCAAACACAUGGAACUCAAUAUUCUGGCCAAAUGAACUAUUUAAAUAAUUAUUCAUACGCUCCAAAUCGGCGACAAGGACCUCGCCGACCGCCAGGAAAUAGCUAUCCUGAACGUGGGCGCGAUCCUCCGCCGAGACUAGACAACAGGCUGUCGCGAAGUACCACGCCGGAAAGAGAAAAUUUAAACUUCAGUCGCGCCCGUUCACCCGCGGACAAUUGA